UCGGCGAAAGUGACAUUGCUGCGGCGCCUCGAAAUGGAAAAUAGCAAAACAGAAAGUGCUAAUUCAACUCAUGUUCUGUGGUCUGAAACAUCAGAAAGAGAUGACAGAGUUUCAGCUUCACAAUCAUCAUCAUAUCAAAGCAGUGUAAAAACGACAGCAAUAAAAAAAAAAUGCCCCUUCUCUAAAAAUUCUGAAGAAAGGCAAAGGAAGCUUCUGCUUGGCCCUAAAAGUCACCUGCAAUCAUCAGUAGUAUCAGGAAGGUCAGGACUUCAAGAUGGUCUCCCACAUCAAAUAAAAUCAGUUCAGAGCAGUGAUAGAAUAUCAGAACUAGUUAGCAACAAAUCAAAUAGUACAAACAAUUUCUGUCUUAUAUCAUCAUCCAAGAGAAACAGACCUGUCAGUGCUCCACCAGGUCAGCUAAGAUGUUUACAGUUUCCUUGCUCGAAAUUCCAUUUCGCCCAGAAGGCCUCUGAAGUGUGCCACCUUUUAAAACAGCAGCCAUGGAUACUCCGAGUAACUGCUUUUCAGAAUGGUACACUAAACGUAUUUGCUAAAGUUGCUGUGGCACCUUCCAUUAAACUGCUGCUGGAAGAGUGUACUGAAAAGCUGAAGCUGAAUAUGGCUGCACGACGAGUCUUCUUGGCAGACGGUACUGAAGCACUCGAUGCUAUAGACAUACCCCAUGAUGCUGACGUUUAUAUUUCAACAGGAGAGCCCUUUUCAAAUCCAUUCAAAAAAAUUAAAGACCAUCUGUUGUUAAUGAAGAACACAACUUGGACACUGAAUGGUCUAGUCCUUCCUAGAGAUGUCAAGAGAAGAAAAGUCAAGCCCGUGCUUUUCAAAUAUAUGAAAAAACUUGCUGUGAAGCCAAGUAUCAGAAUUUUGGUAUUUAAGAACUGUAUGGGGCAGGAUGGUUAUGAAAUAACAACAUCCUUGGACCACAUAGAAAAGUUUUUAGAUAUUUGCACCAUGCGACUGAACCUGACUUUGCCUGCUAAGUAUGUGUACAAUAUGCAUGGAGUAAAAAUUGAAGAUCUCAUAAACGUUUCUUUGCUUGACAAAUGCCUGCAAAAUUCCAUCACACCUUUGCACGGACCUCUUUGGGUCUCUAAGGGAGAAGGUUUCAGCCCCUUUGGAGCGAAGAUGUAUAUCCAAGGAGUACUGUUGGCCUUGCACCAACGAUUAAAGUCUGCAAAAAACUACUGUGAACAGGUGAAUUUUGCUCUUGAUGGCCAGAAAGAGAAAAUUGCAGUUAAAGGCAUUCUAUCCCUGAAAAAAGAAGAAUUGUAUUUAGAACAAGAUAAAGUGAACAAGUUGAUUGAUGAAUUGCAGGCAGCCAUCAAGAGCUACAAAGGUCACCUCUCUAAACUUGCCCCUCAGUUACAGGCUGAACAGGAGCAAUGCGCUUCUUAUGUCUACAAACAUAUUAAAGAAUUUCCUGCGAACACAGUUCGUCCACAAGGUCUGCAACUAAAGGUAUAUGAAAACGGCAAAGACACUGGAGAGACUGUUGUUUAUUUCAACAAAAAAGAGAUGGAAAGUAAUUGUGGUAAUCAACUCAGUGUUAUGUUGGACAGAGUAUUGAACAUGAUUCACCAAAGGCUCCAGCAUUCGGCAAAUUUCAAGCCAUCAGGCCUCAGUCAUUUCCCUACUCAGCUUUUUGAUGAGACUGGACAAGAAAUUAGAAAUCCACUUCUAUUGCAGAAUGAGCAAAAAAUUUGGGUUUCUUAUGGUGAAAGUUACAGAUCUCCCUUAAACCCUGUUCUGAGUUUGACCUUUGACCGAGUGACUACAGCUGAAAAAGAUGGCAUCACAGUUAUUUAUAAAACACUUCUGGAUCCUGUUGUUGAUCUACUGCCUGGAUAUGACAACUGGGAAAUCUGUGUAGGAAUUCCAGCCAACUUGCAUUUCACAAACUACCUGGAAAAUCAUUACUUGGAAACUGUGGAGCCAGACAACCAUUUUAUACAAUAUAAGAAUGAUCCUCAGAUGGUACUUCUUCUGUCAGUUACCGUGGAAAACAUGAGGAAAGCCCUUCAUAGAGGAAAAGAUCAUCACAAUCUAAUGUCUACUUCAGCUGUAUGGCCUCUGUCUAAUAUGUGGCUGAUUACAAAGGCUGGAAUGAUUCUAAGUCGAGCUCUAGUACAAAGCUGUCUGGCUGUUGGUUAUCCAAUCAGAGCUGUGAUGCAGGAUGGCAUUCCUCUUGAAGGCUAUAAAGUAAACCUGCAGAAAAGAGACAAAAACAAUGUAUAUCAGUAUUGGAAAUUUGGAAAUGAUGGCUGUAUCCAUUCUAAGGCUUACCCUGAGUUUGUACUGACCUACCUAGAGGAGUUAAAUGUAAGAGAGGAGGUGACCCAGAUGGAAUACCAUACACAUCCAUCUGCAGCUCAUCUAGGGACAGGCAGCAACUCAGCAGAAGAGGUUCUACAAAAUAAUGUCAGUAACUGCAAUGAGAAACAACUUUCAGGACCUUUGGACGCCCAUUUGAUGCCUGAAGCCCCCUUAAGGGAGAACAGGCAGCUGACAGUGGCACUGGUGAGGAAGCUGGAAGAGAAACAUCCUAAGGCCUCAGCUCAAAGAUGGGCCAUUAAACAUGAAGGGACAAGUAAGCCUGGUCAGUGGAAACAAUCAAAAGUUGAAAAUCCUUUAUGGAAUAAAUUGACCUAUAUGUGGCCUGUGCUUCCAAAUGGAGAACUUAAUGAGGCUUUUGACUGGCCCAUUGAAGGGAUGCUUAUUCCAAAUAGCCCUCCUUUAACGAAACCUGCAAGCAAGAAGUUAGACAGCUACAUGCCUAUGAGACUGAAAGUGUUAAGAAAUGGAGAACAAGACAAAAGCAAGGCUAUCACUAUCCUUGGACCUGAUUGUACAACUAUGGUGAAAAAACAGUGUACCAUGAUGCUGAAUUUGCCUUUUGCUGCUAGACGACUGUUUACUACAAAAGGACUAGAAAUCUUUCUCUUGAAAGACUUGGAGAGAGAUCAGAUGGUUUAUGUUUCAUGUGGAGAACAGUGGAUUGAUCCACUCUUAACUGUGGCCCAGAGCAAGAAAUUCCUCAAGUUUAGUAAUUUAGUGUCUGAUAUAACUGCUGUUCGUGCAUACUGUGUCAUGCGUAACCCAAAAAUGUCCAGCCCCAAUCCUUAUCUGCUGCUUUUUAGGGCCAAGAAUUCACAUGCAAAAUCCCAUCUUAAAGUUGAUAAAUGUUGUACAGCUGCUAAAUAUAAUUGGCAGCAAAACUCCUAUGCUUUUGAAGAGGACUGCAGCUUUCAGAAGGAGAAAGAUGAACAGUUCUUUGAAAGUGUAGAGUUAUAUCAAAAAUACAGGCAUCAACCCAAACAAACUAAAGAAUUGCAGAAAUCCCAUCAUCAACAUUUUGAAUUUAGAAAUGGGAAAAUUAUCAGCUGUAGUUUCCCAAACCUUGUUUUGGGUGUGGAGAAUUUUGACCUGCACUCUGGGACUGAAGUAGUUUUGUUGGAAAAGAAAUGUGAAGACAUCAAUCAGUGCUGGAUAUGGAGAGAAGAUAGCAGGACAUUUCAUUUAAUGACUGACCCAAAUCUAGUGUUAGCAGUAUCAAUGCCCAACAUUUUGAAUGGCUAUCUAAAGUUUCCAUUGGAAAUGCAAGGAUGUGCUGUUAUCGUUCAGAAAUAUAACAAAUGCAAAAAUGGUGCUGCCAAUCAAAAGUGGAAUUAUAUGGAAACAGCAAAAGUUUUUAAUGCCUUUUACAGUACAAUAUUGGACCAGGAAAUCACAGCAGCAAAUUAUGCUUCUAUUUGUACAUUCUCUGUGACCAGCACAGAGAAAAUAGAUCAACCUGGCUACUAUUUUCUUUCACCGGAUAGGGGAAAAAAAGUAAUGAUAUGUUUGGCUUGUGCCAGGGCCAAAAGAGGAAAGGAGGAACUGAGAAAACUGUCCCCCAGUACUGUGUUCUUCUGUGCAUCUGGUUCUGAGGAAGGAGAUAGUUUUUCCAUGUGGCCCUUUAAGUGUCUUAAUGUUAAAAAGAUCAAUUUAUCCACAUCUGAUGCUGAAGCCACCUUGCAUUAUUUAGAAGAACUUCUAGCAUCUUUGAGGACAGAAACCUCAUCACAAACAAUCUCAGAAAAGAUGUCUCUAGCUGUGAACCAGAAAGCAGUGAAAAUAAUUGCAUACAGAAAUGGAGCUGGUCACCAAAAUGGGCAAUUAAUCAUUGGUAGUACAUUCCCUAUGCUGCUUUCUUUAUGUACAAAACAACUGGAACUCAACAGGACAGCUUGUAGGCUGUACACCAGUGAUGGGACCUUAGUUCUUACACAGGAAGAUUUAAUCUUGAGGGCUGUCAAUGAUUUUUUCAGAAAGCAAGAAUCCAAAGAAAGAGAAGGAGGAAGAAUUUCUGUUCCUGGUCUUGAAGGAAAUCCAGCAGAGGAAAUGAACACCAAGUGCACAUCAUCACUGAUAACUCCAAACAGUUUAAUUGACGAUCAUUUGCUCACCAUCAUUCUUAAAAAUCCAAUUGAGGUCUGGGUUUCCAGCGGAGAACCUUUUCUGCCUUCAGAUACUUUGCAAAAUUCAGAAAGGCGAAAACGACAAAACUGGUUGGAAAAAGAUAAAAUUCUGGCAGACUUAGAAGCAAUGAAGCACAAAAUGAGACAACUACAAGGGAGGCGCAAAACAAAAUUGCAGCCAGCCAAUAUGGUGCCCACUAAGAGCCCCCUACAACCAGUGGUAAUAGAAGGAGGCUGGACUGAAGAAACCCAAGAAGAAAUGAAGCUCAUGGAAAAUAUCAUACAUACUGAGAUGCACCUUUCAGAGAUUCAAGCAUUACAGUUCAAAAGAAGUUCUCCCUUUUCUCCUAAGCUACUUGCAAAAAGCCACAGCAGUCUCUACAAUCAGCCUUCAACCAAAAGGGUGUGGGUUUAUAUGAACGGCUAUAAACCUGAGCAAGGAGUUCAUGCCUGGGGAAAAACAAUUGCAGAGCUACUUGAUAACUGUACUACUCAGCUAAAAAUGCCACAGCCUGCAAAAGCACUAUAUACACCUGAUGGUGACCUGCUGCAGUCAUGGGAUGAAAUAGAAAGAGACAUGGUGCUUUGUGUUUCCACAGGACAUCCCUUUAUGAACAGAAAAGCCAUGAAGCAUGAUGUGGAAGUUAGAGCUCUUUAUUCCAGAAUUCGGAAACAGCAAGGUCCAGAAGCAACUGAUAUUAUUGUCUCACCAGCCAGAAAAAUGAUAACACAGGUUGUAUCUUAA